AUGAAGGAGUCUGAAUCCAUCAAGUCGUAUUCUGACAGGAUUAUGGCUAUAGUUAACAGUAUUAGGCUUCUUGGGGAUGAUUUCAGUGACAAAAGAAUAGUUGAAAAGGUUAUUACAACCCUUCUAGAGAAGUAUGAGUCAAAAAUUUCUUCCUUGGAGGACUCUGGAGACCUAUCAACUAUAUCCUUAACAGAGUUGAUAAAUGCUCUUUACGCACAAGAGCAAAGAAGGGCAAACAAGAUGGACGAGCAUUCUGAAGGAACCUUUCAGGCUAGAAGUAAAGAAAGCUCAAGAUCAAGUUCAAACUCAAGCUCAAGCUCAAGCUACAAGGAUAAAGGCAUGUUUAGGGAGCUAGAUACCAGCUUUGUGUCCAAGGUCAAAAUUGGGAAUGGUAAGUUCAUUGAGGUCAAAGGCAAAGGUAAUGCUGUGAUCUGCACUCAAUCAGGUAACAAAACAAUUUCAGAAGUUCUUUUUGUACCUGAUAUUGACCAGAAAUUACUUAGUCUUGGUCAAUUGUUAGAAAAGGGUUACUCCCUUAUCUUUGAAGAUAAAACUUGUAUGAUUAAGGAUCUCUUGGCCAAGAGCUAG